GCAUGCUCUCGGAUGGGUUUCGCAAUUUCUGGAGGUAUAUAGUUUUCUUUGCUGUUUCGAUCCCGUGAAUGCAAGCUGAUAGUGCUAAAAAAUAGUGUAACUAUCUUACCGAAUCAGCUGAAAUCGUGUGGAAAAUGAACACACGAGGUUUGCUGCAGAAAAGUCUUAGAUUUAUCAAUGGAAAGAAAAUUCUGACCGCGCCAUCCACAAGGCAGAACAGCUUCUUCAGUCGGUGUGCCGUGUGUCGGAACACGAAUGAUUCGAUCGUAGGUAACAGCAGGUUCGGAACAACAACCACAAUCCUAGCCGAUAGACAACAGAAUGGAUGUACGGUUCUGCAGACUAGAUCGAUUAGCACUAGUAAUGCACUGUUGAAAAAAGAUUAUUACAACAUUUUGGGAGUUGCGAAGAAUUCCUCGGCCAAGGAAAUUAAGAAGGCGUACUAUCAGCUAGCGAAAAAAUAUCAUCCAGACACAAACAAGAACGAUCCAGACGCGGGAAGGAAAUUUCAAGAAGUUUCCGAAGCUUAUGAGGUACUCAGCGACGAAACCAAACGACGUGAGUAUGACACAUUUGGUCAAACAUCGGAACAAAUGGGUCGUUCCGGUGGAGCCGGUCAAGGUCCUCAAGGAUUCUCACAGAAUUGGCAGUUCCGCAGUACUAUCGAUCCGGAAGAGCUGUUCCGUAAAAUAUUCGGUGAUGGGGGAUUCAAAAGUGGCUUCGAUGAUUUUUCCGAUUCUCGGUUUGGAUUCGGUGGUGCCCAGGAGGUGAUGAUGAGCCUAACAUUCGCGCAGGCCGCCCGCGGUGUAAACAAGGACAUCGACGUGAACGUAGUGGACACCUGUCCCAAGUGCACUGGAUCGCGCUGUGAACCGGGUACGAAACCGGGCAAGUGUCAGUACUGCAAUGGUACGGGAAUGGAAACGAUUUCCACGGGACCGUUUGUGAUGCGUUCGACUUGCCGGUACUGUCAAGGUAGCCGGAUGUACAUCAAAUUUCCGUGUCUGGAAUGCGGUGGAAAAGGUCAGACGGUGCAGAGGAAACGAGUGACUGUUCCAGUGCCGGCCGGGGUGGAAGAUGGACAAACGGUCCGAAUGAGCGUAGGCAACAAGGAGCUUUUCAUUACAUUCAAUGUUGAGAAAAGUCGUUACUUCCGUCGGGAUGGUGCCGAUGUGCACACCGAAGCUAACAUUUCUUUGUCACAAGCCAUGCUUGGCGGUACGAUACGAGUCCAGGGCGUGUACGAAGAUCAAACGAUACAGAUCACGCCGGGAACGUCUUCGCAUACUCGCAUACAUUUGAAAGGCAAGGGUCUGAAACGGGUGAAUAGCUAUGGAACUGGUGAUCACUACGUGCACAUAAAAAUUCAAAUUCCAACCAAGCUAAGCAAUAAACAAAAGGCACUGAUACAGGCUUACGCUGAGUUGGAAGAGGAUACUCCGGGUCAAAUCAUGGGUGUGACAUUUAAAACCGACGGUAAGUCUUCUUCCUCUGGGUCAAGUUCCGGAUCGUCCACCGGGGAUUCCUCUUCGGGUUCUUCUUCGUUCUGGUCAUCAAACUCUUCGUCCACGGCCUCGUCCCGCUCGAAAACAGCCACCGAUGAAACCAUUUCUGAUAAGUUUACUCAGCGCUCCCAAGAUGAUGAUUUCAAAUCCUAUAAAGCACACGAUCGCUCCAGUGUCCCCAGGGACGAAUUCGGUUCUCGAUUCUACUUUGGGCUAGGGAUUUUGCUUGUAUUUGCCUGGGUUGUGUAUUACAGUUACGCAAGGAUUCCCCAACAACUAGAAUUGGAACGGGACGCGGCGUUGGAACGACAACGGCGGGCCGCUGCCAACAUCCCGCCCCAGCGUAGUCCAUUUGAUGAUGCCUGAAUAAGUGCUCUUCAAUGGAUAGCAGUCAAAAACAAACUGAACGUUUUUCGGGAAUGUUAUUUUCGAAACAAAAGAAAAGUUUAGUUCAACAACGAUUGUUAAGGUGUUUUGUUACUGCAAGCAAAAGCAUCGGCGUUCGAUUGGCAAUUCAUGUAAAUUUUUUAAAGUACGAACAGAUUAUGAUAAUAAACAUUGAAGUAAUGCAGUUGCAUUUGAAACACUUAACAA